UACAUGUGGAAGCUGUCAGUGUGGUGAAAAACACACUAAGUUGAGUGAACAUAAGCAUGUACACAGAGGGCACCUGACAGCUGGCCUUCUAACUUUAAGCACCACAGGUAUUUCAGUCCGACCGGCUCCUUGUCCGCUGCUAGGUGGGGUAGUUGCUCUCCUUCCCAGGUUACCAAAUAUGGCCUCAUGGAUUAUUCAGGUGACUCUCAUGCUGCUUUCUGUCUUCGUCCUCUGCAGCCAAGCAAAGAGGGACAGCGUGUUGUAUUGUUCUGCAUGCAAAGCGAUUGUGGAUGAGAUGAAAUACUCGAUCAGUCAAGUCGACCCAAAGAAGACCAUCAACGUCGGCAGCUUCAGACUGAACCCCGAUGGAACUAUGAUGGACAAAAAGGUGCCGCUGGCGCGCUCAGAGACUCACCUCGGCGAGCUCCUGGACGGGGUGUGCGGCAGCAUGAGCGACUACGCCCUGCACGUGGACCCCGACACGCAGCGCCGCCAGUACCGCAGGUUCGCCCCCAGGAGCGACGCGGCCGCCGGCGACUUCCCCGACUUCAAGAACUUCCAGUUCGACGGGCCCGAGGCGUCCAGCGCCCUCAAGUUCGCAUGUGAGACGCUGGUGGAGGAGCUGGAGGACGACAUCGUGUCGGCGUUCAGCCGGGGCGGAGACGUGGAGCACCGCGACCUGUGCAGCCGGCCGUCAGGCUACUGUACGGACGACAGUCCCGCCAACGAGGAGCUGUAGCGAGGCGGUGGACCGAGGUGGGACCGGCUUUAAUGCAGACGUUAUGGAAAAAGGAACUCUUUAAUUAAGACCAAACAAGCAUUUUUAUCAUCUUUAUAAAUAAAUCAAAUAAUUUACAGACUCA